AUGGAACAGCGAUGGGCGCAGCGUGAGCGGGAACGACUUGAAAAUUACAACCAAGCAAUGGACAGGCUACGGCAACCUCCAGCUGCACUAGUAGCUCCACCAGUAGCUCCAGCCGUACCGAUAGCUCCAGCCGUACCACUAGCUCCAGCUGCGCCAGUAGCUCCGGCUACGCCAGUAGCUCCAGCCGUACCGAUAGCUCCAGCAGCGCCAGUAGCUCCAGCUGCGCCAGUAGCUCCAAACGUACCAGUAGUUCCAGCCUCACCGAUAGCUCCAGCCGUGCCAGUAGCUCCAGAUGCACUAGUGGCUCCACUAGUAUCUCCAGCCGUACCGAUUGCUCCAGCCACACCAGUAGCUCUAGAUGCACCAGUAGCUCCAGCAGCACCAGUCGUUCCAAACGUGCCAGUAGCUCAAGCCGCACCGAUAGCUCCAGCCGUGUCAGUAGCUCCAGAUGCACUAGUAGCUCCAGCCGCAUUAGUAGCUCCAGCUGUACCAGUAGCUCUAGUCGUACCUCCAGCAGCUUCAGUUAACUAUUCAAGCGAUGACGAUGGCAAGCGCGAGGUCAUAUAG